UGAUUCUACAAACCUUCUUCUUCGUCGCCUUCAUAUCUAAAGCCUCGACUGUGAGAGGGUUUAAGCAGUCGGAAACACCAUUGCUCCGCCGCAGCGCCUCCUCUCUCAGUUGCGUAAGCUCAUCAAAUAAUCGCCAAAAAGAUGUAUAGAAGUAGAGCCACCAUACUCACAUCCAAAUCAUUGAGAACUUUAUCAAAGGUAAGCAGACAAUCUCUUCAUUUAGAAUCGUUAAAGUUCGUUACUUUUUUAAGAAGUAUCAGCACUGCUACUCAAAUAUCUGAGAUUGAUAAUUAUAGUGAGUUAAAGGGGGGAAAUAACAGUGAUUUUCAGCAAAACCCAGAUGGGGAUUUCAAUUAUAACUCGAACAAUACGGGUUCUUUGAAUAAAUCAAACUGGCAGGGUCAGGAAUGGGCGUAUAAUCAGCAGUUAUCUCGUAGCACGCAAGGCGGCGGGAGUUAUAGUGGAAAUUCUAGGAGAAUAGAGCAGAACCCUAGUGGGGCUAAUCCGCAAAAACCUAGAACUGAAUUUCAUGAACAAAAAGAUACCAAAGGGUUUCAGCAGAACCCAUAUGCGAAAAAUGAGAACUUUUCAUCUGGGUAUGUUAAUGUUUCAUCUAGGAAUGAGUUUCAGCAAACUGUUGGGAGAAAUAAUGAUUUCGGGUCUCGAAAGGAUUAUCAAAGUAAUUUAGUUCAUAAUAGAAAUGAUAGUGGUGAAAAUUCGUCAAAUUUGUUGCGUAGUUCCAGGUUUGAGGGAGGUUUAGAGGCUCAGCCUAGUCAAAAUGGAGUAUAUGGACACUAUCAACAGAAUUUACAUGGUGGAAACAGUGAAAUGUCACGGCAGAAUUUUAGUGGCAAUUACACGAGUAACGUAGGAGUGCCUCAGCAAAACCUUUCCAAUUACGACCCUGGAAAUGUAAGGAAUGUUAAAUCUGAAAAUUCUGAAAUGUAUCCACAAAAUGCAAGUGGGUAUAACAUGGAAAGGCAUACGAAUUCAAGUGGCUACUCAAGGGAGAUGAUGGGGCAAUAUCAGCAAAACUUAAGCGGCUUUAACCCCUCUAGUGCUGGACAUCAAGCUUCUUAUCAAUAUCAGAAUGGAAUAGUUGGCCAUCAAGAAAUGAGAAGUUCAACACCUGUCGAACAGUCGAUUGAUUCUGAUGAUAGCAGCAGUAAAAAAGGUUCAGUUGAUGAGCUUGAUGACUUAUGUAAAGAAGGCAAAGUAAAGGAGGCAGUAGAAGUUUUGCAGUUGUUGGAGCAGCAACAUGUCACAGUCGAUUUGUCUCGAUAUAUUAUGUUGAUGGAUGUGUGUAGUGAGGAUAAAUCCCUUGAGGAUGCUAAAUCAAUUCAUGAGCACCUUGCGAGAUCUCAUCCUCAUCUUGACAUCAAAAUGUACAAUAAGAUUCUUGAAAUGUAUGGAAAAUGUGGCUCCAUGAAAGAUGCUUUCUUGGUGUUUCGAAAAAUGCCUCAACGUAAUCUGACUUCUUGGGACACAAUGAUUUCAUGGCUUGGUAAGAAUGGUCUUGGAGAAGAUGCAAUAGAAUUGUUUGGAGAAUUCAAGGAAACUGGGAUGAAACCUGAUGGCCAAAUGUUUCUGGGAGUCUUCCAUGCUUGUAGUGUUGUUGGUGAUAUAGUUGAGGGCAUGUUGCACUUUGAAUCAAUGAGUAAGGAUUAUGACAUUGAUCUAUCCAUGGAGCAAUAUGUUGGAGUGGUAGAUAUGUUGGGAAGUACAGGAUAUCUUGAUGAAGCUAUGGAGUUCAUUGAAAGGAUGCCUAUAGAGCCAAGUAUUGAAGUAUGGGAAACCAUGAUGAAUCUCUGUAGAAUUCAUGGGAACUUGGAGCUUGGGGAUCGUUGUGCUGAGAUUGUUGAGCUCCUAGACCCAUCUUGUUUGGAUGAACAGUCAAAGGCAGGUUUUUUGGCUGUAAAAGCAUCAGACAUCGCUAAGGAGAAAGAGAAGAAGAAAUCUGCUCAAAGUCUUCUUGAGGCUAGAAGCAAAGUUCAUGAAUAUCGUGCGGGAGAUAGGUCACAUCCCGAUCAUGAGAAGAUAUAUGCAUUGCUUAGGGGUUUAAAGCAGCUAAUGAAGGAGGACGGUUAUAUACCAGAGACGAAGUUUGUGUUACAUGAUGUAGACCAAGAAACUAAAGAGGACGCUUUAAUGGCUCACAGCGAGAGAUUGGCUUUUGCUCAAGGUCUUAUGAAUAGCUCUGCACGAUCACCAAUCCGGAUUAUAAAGAAUCUGCGUGUCUGUGGUGAUUGCCAUAAUGCAUUGAAGAUUGCUUCAAAGCUUGUUGGUCGGGAAAUUAUCAUGCGAGAUGCUAAGAGAUUUCAUCAUUUAAAAGAUGGAUUGUGCUCGUGUCGGGAUUAUUGGUGAAGAUCCUACCAUUCAGCUUUAGCACAGCCAAGACUCAAGAUUGUAGAGCAUAGCUAUAAUUCAUAGCAGAUGGGAUGAUUUCCACUUA